AUUCCGAGGGCGCUGCCUGAUUGUGUCUCCCCAGGUUCUGUAUGAUGGUUCGGCGUGGCUACAGGGACCUGCCCUACCACAACUGGAUGCACGCCUUCUCUGUCACUCACUUCUGUUACCUCCUCUUCAAAAACCUAUCGCUGCCUGACUACCUCCAGGACAUGGAGAUUUUGGCUUUGUUUGUGUCAUGUAUGUGUCAUGACCUCGACCAUCGAGGGACCACAAACUCGUUCCAGGUGGCGUCGAAGUCUGUGUUGGCUGCACUGUACAGUUCUGAAGGAUCAGUCAUGGAGAGACAUCACUUUGCACAAGCCAUUGCCAUCUUGAAUUCCGAGGGGUGCAACAUCUAUGAAUACUUCUCUCGAAAGGAUUACCAGAGAAUGCUGGACAUGAUGCGUGACAUUAUUCUAGCAACUGACGUGGCCCAUCACCUACGUAUUUUCCCACAGCUGCAAGAAAUGGUUAAAGCUUACAACAAUUCCAACCCCAAGCAUCACUCGCUGUUGUUGUGCCUGCUGAUGACUGCCUGCGACCUCAAUGAUCAGACCAAAGGCUGGAAGACAACAACAAAGAUAGCGGAACUGAUAUAUAAAGAAUUCUUUUCACAAGGAGAUCUGGAAAAGGCAAUGGGGAACCAUCCUCUUGAGAUGAUGGACAGAGAAAAGGCCUAUGUUCCAGAACUUCAGAUUAGCUUCAUGGAACAUAUUGCCAUGCCAACGUACAAGCUCCUGAAUGACCUCAUGCCGAAGGCAGGAAUUCUGUACCAGAGCGUGAAGGCAAACCGAGACCAUUGGGUGAAAGUUGCUCCAAAAUUCACCACGACUGGGCUACCGAGUGACAACUCCCUGGACUUUUUAGAUGAGGAUAUGACAGAUGGACUAUCCUCAUCAUCCCCUUUGACAAUGACUGAGAGCAGCAGCCCUAACACCCCGGAACCCACAUCUGAACAAUGAUUAUUUUUAUUGCAGUUUAAAAGAACAGAAACAAAAUACAACAAAAAAAAUCAAGGAAGCGACUGACAACAGCAGAAAUUGGCAUCUUUUAAAUUUAUUUAUUUUUUAUAGGUCUGAAUAUUAACUGAGUGGUUACUUCUCAGCAUUUCUUUCUCACUCAUGUUUUUUUUCUCCUAAUGUUUGCACUUGACAGAAUCAAACAGUUGCAUUGAUAUAGCAUCCUUAAGGUAGUGUUUAAGUACCACCUUGCGAGAUUGUUCACUGGACUGUUAUCAGGCAGGUGUUGGCAUUGGUGUGCACCUCAUGAUAAAAAGUAGCUUUCACGUUUUGAAAGUAGAUGCACAGGGAGAUGGAGAGGUUGAAGGAAGGAAUUCCAAAACUUGGGAUGGGUGGGAGGCCGGCAAUGGAGCGAUGGGAAUGGGGCACAUUAGAAUUAGAGGAGUUUGGGUGGGGGGUGGGCGGGUGGUGUGAGGCCUGGGGGGCAUCGCAGAGGCUGGAGGGUGUUGGAGAGAAUCGAUAGCACGAGGGAGGUGAAGCCAUGGAUGGAUGUGAAAACCUCAGGAUUCGACCUCAAGCUGAUGGCAAUGGGUGACUGCAGUGCUAGUUCAGCCAGGAGGUGGCAGCUCAGUUGAACGGAGGCUGGGAGGCAGGCCAGGAAAACAUUUGGAAAACACUCAGGUCAGAAUGUCGCCCAAACACUAACCCCCUGACACCUCAGCACCCCCAUCACCCCCCACCUCCUGUCACCAUCAUCACCACUCAACCAGCCACCUCCCUCCCUCCUCUGUCACACCCUGAGGUCUCAGCUGAUAAUUCAACUCCAAUGUAGGAAUGCAGUCACGGUUAGUCUGGGAGCAGUGGGGGGGCAACAAUGUGUGUUCUGCUUCUACCCCACAAAUGGGCAGCAUGGUUGACGUUGAUGGGGGGUGAAAGUGUAUCUGAACUCUUUGGUUCUUAGUCCCACUCAAGAACCCACAGUUGGACACUCCAUUAAAUGUUGGUGCCCCAUUCCAACCAAGGACAGUGAGAACAAGGGUGGUCAGUGCCACACCCACAAUUAUACGCAUUAAAAACUCAUUACCCAAUCGCCACCAGCAUCCAAAGUUGCAAAUUCAUAGCAGCAACAGAGGCCAAUCAACCCAUCGUCUUUGUGCUGGUCACAGAGGCAAUAUCCGGGUGAAUUCCAGUUCCUGUUUUUCAUAUGGUUUUCCCCUUCACACAUGCUUUUAAUCUCCCCCGUCACCGUCUCAGUGAGUUCCACACCCACACAGCUUCCAUUUAACACACCCCGAUCUAAUUCUAACAACUAUUUUAUGUAGAUCUGUCCUACUGAGCUCUCUGCUGAAGAGAAUUGGACCAUCCGAAUCACUCAAUCUUGUCCCUGUGUAAUUUUAUACAUUGAAGAUAGAUCUCCAUUCAGCCUCCCCUCUGUUUCCAUGGAAACCAUCCCAUGCCUGUGCAGUCUUUCCUCAUCAUUGGAACUCCCCAUGCUCCUGACAAAAAGCUGGUAAACUUCCUUUCUCAUGCAAUCUCAUUCUUCCUGUAAAGUGCUGGUCAGAGAUGUAUGUAGUCCUCCAGCUGUGAUCUGAUUAAAGUUUUUGCCACAAUGUCCCUGCUAUUUUUUUCUCGGCCUCAGCCAAUCGCACACAGCUCCUUAGUCACCUGAUCUACUUGGCCUGUGGGUCUGUGGAUGUGCAUUCCUAAUUUCCUUUCCAAUUUUGUGUUAUCCCACACAAACCUUUCUUUUUGGUAAUCCUUCUCUGCACACUCCUGAACACACCCAGCAUUCCAGACUUGGAAGUCCCUCCCUUUCUCUUUAUGAGCACGUAAUGGUCCCAUUACCCCCUCGAAUAGCUGGAGGUGACACUGCUUCACCUCCAAGUAGCCGCUCUGAGUCCACGUUUGCUAAAUGACGUCCUCAUUUUGAUAAAAUUGGCCUUUCCCACGUGAGAUUUUUUUCCUUGUGCUCUCUCUUUGGCCUUCCUGUGAUUACUUGGAACCUGAGUUGAGAUCACUAUGACCAGUCCAUCUCUUGUUUGCCUUAUGGCAUAUUUGAAAGGAAAACUGCUCCUGAGUGAAUGUAAAGAAUUCUACAUCAUUUAUAGAACUGAUUUCAGUUCAUAUUCCAGUGGUUGAAUUGGCCAGCUACUAACUGUCAUUUAUUGUUUCUUUGUUCAAUCAAUAUGACUUGCUAUGAAGCUCAGACCAUCAUUCCACAUGGCUGGAAUUGAUUCUUGGACCAUUGUUUUAAAUACCCUGUUCACUCCAUGGUGCACCCUCGAGCUUUAUCUCCCUCUCCAUCACUUCCAUCCAGGCAGGCUUAUAGAAUGAGGGUCUCAUAUGGAUGCAAAAGAGAGACUGGGACUUGCCUCCACACUGUACAGAUAGCUUGAUCAAACACACUGCUGACAAAUCGAAACACGCAGAGAGAGAACUGACGAAAAGGAAGCUUCACUCAGCAUCUAACCCGGUGCUGUCCCUGUCCUGGGAGUGUUUGAUAGGGACAGUGCAGAGGUAGCUUUACUCUGUAUCUAACCCUGUACUGGGAGUGGUGGAUAGGGGACAGCACAGAGGGAGGUUUACUCUGUAUCUGACCCCAUGCUGUCCCUGUCCUGGGAGUGUUUGAUGGGGACAGUGUAGAGAGAGCUUUAAUUUGUAUAAAACUUUGUGCCAUACCUGUCCUGGAACUGUUUGAUGAGAAUUGUGCACAGGAAGUUAAAAAUCACAUAACACCAGGUUAUAGUCCAACAGGUUUAUUUGUAAGAGACAAAUGUCGAUUCUCC